UAAAAUACUUCGUACGUAGUAGUUAAUUACUUUCUGCUACAUGUGUGGGGCAUUUACAAAGCAAAAAAUAUUUUGCAUCACCAGUUGGUGCUCUCAUCAGUUCCGCAUGUUCCAUCAGUUUCUCUUGCUGCCUCUCUAGCUGCAUGUUCCAAAUCUCCAAACUUGUCUACCUAAUUCUGUUUCCCAGGAAAGCAAUGAAAUUGUGAGGGAUUAAAAGGAAAUGGGCGACCAUUGCAUGGAGUUUCACAGCCAGUAAGUCCGCCUGCUAGCUGCUUCUGCUUCUGCUACCCAUAGUCCCUUUAAUUGGUGGGUCGUGUUAUGUAGAACUGGUUUAACCUGUUCUCAGCGGUGGAGCUCCGGUGCUCUCAAUCAUGAUAUCCGGUGGGAUGACAUCCUCCUCCAUUUCCACACCUCAAAUUGUUACGUCGUCUAGGCAAAGCUCUGCACCUCCCGAACCCACAAGAACUCUUGUACCUUCUGGUCAAGAAGGGCAACAGGGGAUUCGGCCGCAACUGCUGAAUAGUAGCAAUUCAGCAAUGGCUAAGCGGAAUCCCCCACAACAAUCAUCUAAGUCACAAUAUGUCAAAGUCUGGGAGGGAAACUUGUAUGGAAAACGACAUGGACAACCCGCAUUCAUCACCAGACUAGAGGGAUAUAGGAGUCCACCAGCAUCUGAAACGUAAGUGUACAGAUUUAUAAAUUCUCGUGGAUGUUACCCUUUACCAAGAAUCAGUGAGAACCUUCUAACUAUUUGGAUUGGUUUUUUAAUUUAGAGCCUGUUUAGUAAUACUCAAAUCGACUGCAUUGGUUGAUUCUGAUGAAAUUUAUGAAGUUCUGGCUGAAGUGGUUGGAUUGGCUGAUUCUGUUAAUUUAUAUAAAAAAUUAAAAUAUAUUUUAUUAAUAAAAUAAGGAAAAAAUAUAUACUCCGUAUGAAAAAAUAGUUAAAAUGAUCAUCUACAAUAACUUUAGUCAUUACAGCCAGAAAAGUAACUUUAACUUUACUUUUUCUUAUUAUUACACAAUUCACCACACGAACUCAAAAGUUACGUGUUUGGUGAAAAAAUUGGUUUAUCAACCGAAAAACAGGGUUACCAAACGGGCUCUUAGAGUGAUAAGCUUUGUAAGUGCAGCUUGGUGUUGCCUUUCACUAUAAAUAAACUUUCAGCCCGUUUGGUAAUACAUAAAUCGACUAUAUUGGUUGAUUCUGCUCAAAUUUAUGAAGUUUUGACGGAUCACAAUUCAGCGCGCGAAAUGAAAGUUAUAUAUUUGAAUUGAUUUUUUUUACCAUCUCUUUCUUAGGGUUGGUGCAGAUUGGCCUGAAACCAUGCAAAUAGUAGGACUUUUUUCCAUGGAUCAUCUAUCUUAAUAUAAUAACAAAAGGUUUCUUGGGUAGGAAGUUGCCGCCAAAACACAAUGAGUCAUUCCUUUAGUGUCAAUCCUCUUGGUUUCGUAUAGCUUCUCAAUAUUUUGGAAAAUAACUCUUCGCACAUGGAUGUAUAGUUAAUUUAAUGUUGUAUAACACAUUGCUUCUAGGCUUCGAUUCUCAAUAAUGCAUGUUUCAACCUUUUCAUAUUCCACCGGUAAUAAGCACUCAUCUUCACAGUUGAUUUUUUUAAUCUGUAAGUCGUUUUAGUUUCUCAAUGUGGAAAAUAACUCUUCGCACGUGGAUGUAUAGUAAAUUUAAUGUUGUAUAACACGUUGCUUCUAGGCUUCGAUUCUCAAUAAUGCAUGUUUCAACCUUUUCAUAUUCCACCGGUAAUAAACACUCAUCUUCACAGUUGAUUUUUUUUAAUCUGUAAGUCGUUUUAGUUUCUCGAUGCACUCUGUAUAUUUUUUCAUUUCUCAAUGUAUGCAUGACCCCAAGGGAUUGUUGAAGACGUGUUGGUUAAAGUGGACAAAUUUAUUUUUCCGGUGGACUUUGUUAUUUUGGACAUGGAUCAGGAUCGGGAGGUACCAUUGAUAUUGGGCAGACCAUUUUUGGCAACUGCCAAAGCACUUAUUGAUGUUGGAGACGGUAAACUUGUAUGAACAAUAGGCAAUAUGUUGGGAAAGCAGAUUUUAUAGUUUUUCGGACCAUGAACGAGCAUGGUUUUCUUUAUCAACUACAAGAAAGAAAGCUUUGUGCAGUCAAUCCAGUCAUUCAAUUGCCCUCACAGACACUAUUGCUCUCAGUUGUUUCUGACAAAGUUUGCUGCAUGAUGGGGAUGCUUUUUCCAGGGGAAAGGUUUAUCUUUGAAACUUAACGGCGGUCUACAUAUAGCAGUGUAUGGUGACCAUUCAAAUGUAGCCCGCCAACAGCACCCAAUGUGGAUUUUGGGGAGUACAACAGCCACCUGACAUAGAAUAAAAGAUACUCCCUCCGUCCCUUUUAAAUGUCCCGUUUUACCAUAUUGGGAUGUCCCUAUUUAAUUGUCUCAUACCUUAUUUGGUAAACUUUGUGUCGCUCAAAAUCAUUCUUACUUUAUUCUUACUUUAUCAAUUAAUAUCAACCACACAAACUCACUUUUCUUAAAACCCGUGCCACUAUCUCCCGUCCCAUUUAAAAGGGGACGGAGGGAGUACCUACUAAAUAAACUUUUUAAAAAUGGUUUUUACUGCAUUUGCUAUUUGUUAGCAUGUUUCAAUAUUUGUACGCAAGAACCAAUGCUUUGGAAUCGUAACGGCUUAUCUUUAUUUUUAUUGCAUCAUCCUUAUUUGUAGUUUGACCCCAAACUCUUUUGGGAUUAAGGAUUCGAUGUUGUUGUCGUCGUUAUAUUGUCGUAUCCUUUUCCCUUGUGAAGUAAUCCGUACAUUGAAUUUUGAAAACCUAAUAGUUAUUUAUUGCAUUGUCUUUUUUUCUUGUAAACUGAUCACAUUUAAGCGAAAUUGUUUUGAUGGAAAAUAGCCCCUAGAGAAUAUCACUCCCUCCUUUUUAGGUGCAGCAUUAACACUGAAAUCUAUUUACUUGAUGUUUGAAACAUCAAACUCUGCACGAUAUGGUAAUAUUCAAACCCCAUAUCCCAAACCCGCAACACUGGCAAUAGAUCAUGCAACAACAACAUCAACACCUUCAGCUUCAACAGUUGCAACAACACCUAGCCACCAAACACUCACGUCUGCAGCAACAACCGCAACUCAUGCAUGAACUACAUAAGGUGUAAAUAACACACUUGAAAAAUCACAACACAUGCAGAAAAUGAAGCAAACGUAUUUGACAAGGGGUAGUCGAAGAUGAUGUCUCAAGGGAAAGAAAGUAUCAUGCCCCGAGUAAGAGGGCUGAAAUUGCUCCCAUGGAGUUUCGCACCCAGGACUUUCCAUAUGAGUGAGUCGAUGACCAGUGAGCUGGAUCGCUUCCUCGAUUAUCUAAUGAAUUGAGCAAAUUUGAUCUAAGACUAAACUACAGUGCAUUCCUCAGAGUACAAAUCAAGGGCAUAUAUAAUAUGUGCUUAAUUUGCUUGAUCAUUGUGUUCCUUCCUCUCCACCAACGAAAUAUUGUUCUUUUCAUCUGGUAUAUGUACAUAUUUAUUGACAAAGUAUAGGUUUAAAUAGAGUAUAUAUAGGAAAAAUUGAUAACAAUAAUCACACAUUUUACUAAUUUUUUUAAGAAUAAUUACACAUUUAACCGUAGACACUUUUAUACUCCUUUUUCAUCUUCUUGUAUAGUUGUAUGUUUUGAUUGCUUUUGCAUAUUUAUGUAUUCUAUUUCCC